CCUCCACCUAAAAAAACUCCAUAUAUAACCACCUCAAAAUCCAAGACCAUACCACAGUGCUGAACACUCUCUUCCUAUUACCUCUCUCAUCCUCUCCAUCUCUCUAGUUUCUCUCUCUAAUUAAGCAUUGCAACAAUUCAACCAAAAUGCAGCUAAUUCUUCUUCUCUCAAAGCCAAGAACUCUCCAACUUUUCCCCCUCCUCCUCUGCCUCCUUCUCCUUCCAUGUCUCUCCCAGCCUCUCCCCUCUCCUUCUCCUUCACCUUCGCCGUCGCCUUCGGCGUCGCCGGCGCCGCCGCCAUCGCUGCCGCUGUCGCCGUUCAAUGAGCGGCUGGAGGCGGCGUACGUGGCGUUCCAGGCGUGGAAGCACGCCAUCACCGAGGACCCCAAGAACCUGACGGAGGAUUGGUGCGGGCCGUUCGUGUGCAACUACACCGGCGUCUACUGCGCGGCGGCGCCCGACGAUCCGCACGUCCUCACCGUCGCCGGCGUCGACCUCAACCACGGCGACAUCGCCGGGUGCCUCCCCGACCACCUCGGCCUCCUCGCCGACGUCGCGCUCCUCCACCUCAACUCCAACCGCUUCCGCGGCACGCUGCCGCCGUCGAUGCAGCACAUGCGCCUCCUCUUCGAGCUCGACGUCAGCAACAACCUCCUCGCCGGCGCGUUCCCGGCGUUCCUCACCUCGCUGCCGGGGCUCAAGUUCCUCGACCUCCGCUUCAACGCCUUCGACGGCGAGCUCCCCGCCGCCGUCUUCGGCCGCCGGCUCGGCCUCGACGCCAUCUUCGCCAACGACAACCGCUUCAACGUGUCGCUGUCGUCGGCAAGCCUCACCAACUCGACGGCGUCGGUGAUCGUGCUCGCCAACACCCGUCUCGCCGGCUGCCUGCCGCCGUCCAUCGGCGACAUGGCGGACACGCUGGUGGAGCUCAUCCUCCUCAACACCAGCAUCAGCAGCUGCAUCCCGCCGGAGAUCGGCAAGCUGAAGAAGCUCAGGGUGCUCGACCUCAGCCACAACGAGCUCGCCGGUGAGCUGCCGGCCAGCGUCGGCGACAUGGAGAGCCUGGAGGUGCUCAACGUCGGCCACAACAUGCUCGCCGGCGAGGUCCCCGAGGCCAUCUGCGAGCUACCCAGGCUGAGGAACCUCACCAUCGCCGGCAACUACUUCUGCGACGAGCCGGUGUCCUGCCUCCACGUCCCGCUCCGCGACGACCGGAUGAACUGCAUCCCGGACUGGCCGCACCAGCGCUCGCCGGAGGAGUGCAUCGCCUUCGCCCACCGCCCGCCGCCGCACUGCGCCGCCGACGGCUGCAUCGUCAUCCCUCCGCCGUGAGCGAUCGAUCAUGGCGGCCGGAGUACGUAACGUUGCAUGGUCGUCGUUGGUGACGUCAUCGUCCUAGUUGGUUGGUAGAGACUGCAAAUCUCCAUGUGGUUUUCUAGGAGGGGGUAGCCAAUUAAUAUUCUAUCAUCCAUCCAUGCAUCCAAAUUUCAGAAUUAAAUGGUUGUUGUUAAAAAAACUUUCGAUUAUCAUUAAUUAAGUUGUGAUGUCGCCGUCUCGAUGGAUACA